AUGAAUCGAACCAACUCUCAACCACACCUACAAAUGGCUUUAGCCGACUACCUCGCAAAGAACUACCUCUCCGCCGACGCCAAACCCUCCAAAAAGCGCAAGCGAAAAGAUGCCGCCAGAUCAGAAGGCAUCACGAUAGCAGAAGACGAUGUCAACGACUGGACGAAGCCAAAGCAGAACGGCGAGGACGACGAUGAUGCGCCCACGAUGGUCGGUAAUUCCCUGUCAGGAGGCCUGAACAAACCAGCGAAGAAGUCGAAGUGGUUGAAAGUUGGCGCCGCUGCACCUUCGAACGCAGAACAAGCGGCCGCAGACGAGAUUCUUGCUGGCGCAGAAGCGGAGUCUAAAGCCCGAGCGCAGCAGGAUGAUGACGCUCCUGCUGUUGUGGGAGAGGAUGGGGAGGACAUGCAAGGGCCUAUGAUGGCGUCGGGUGCGAUGGCAGGUUUACAGAGCGCGGAGCAGGUCAGCAAAGCGCUGAAGCGGAAGCAAAAGGCGGAAAUGAAGGCGAUGCAGGACGCUGGGUUAGAUCCGGCGGGGAAGUCGCAGGAGACGAUAUAUCGAGACGCUUCAGGUCGGAUCAUCAACGUGGCUAUGAAGCGAGCGGAGAUGCGGGCAAAGGCGGAGGAGGAAGAAAAGAAGAAAGAAGAGGAGCUCGAGGCGCGGAAGGGCGAUGUACAACGGCGGGAGAAGGAAGAGAGGAAGCAGAAUCUGGAGGAUGCGAAGGUGAUGGGGGUGGCGCGGUAUGCGGAUGACAAGGACCUGAAUGAGGAGAUGAAGGACCGGGAGAGGUGGAAUGAUCCGAUGGCGAAGAUGGUGACGAGCAAGAAGAGUGGUGGGAAGGGUGGGAAAGCGAGGGAUAGUGGGAAGCAGUAUCAGGGUGCGUUUGAGCCGAACCGGUACGGGAUUAAGCCUGGUUGGAGGUGGGAUGGGGUGGAUAGAGGGAAUGGGUUUGAGAGGAAGUGGUUUGCUGCGAGGAAUAAGGCGAAAGAUCGGGAGGCGCUGGAGUAUGCGUGGCAGAUGGAUGAAUGA